CAGAGAAGAUCCACCCACGAGAAGAUCCACCCACACACCUGUAGUCACGUGGUAGCAAAUGGCUGCUCAACUCUUUUCCUUGCCUUAUGUUAGACGAGGGAUAAGGCUAAUACAUCUUAGCAAUCCAGUCUUUAAUAGUGCCAGAAGGGAAGAUGUGUCCAAACUGUCAGUUGCUGUUAAUGAUAGAAUAAAUGGAUACAGAGUUACUAGAGUUACAGAUGUACCUGAUUUCAAUCUAAAAGCUAUAGAAUUACUUCACGAGUCAACAAAAGCUCAACACUUGCACUUAGCAAGACAAGACUCCAACAAUGUAUUUGGUGUUGGUUUUAGAACUACACCAAUGGAUAGUACUGGCAUAUGUCAUAUACUGGAACACACUACAUUGUGUGGUUCAGCCCAUUAUCCUGUAAGGGAUCCAUUCUUUAAAAUGCUAACUCGUUCACUAGCGACAUUCAUGAAUGCUUUCACUGCAAAUGAUUGGACAUUCUAUCCAUUCUCUAUACAAAACUAUAACGACUAUCGGAAUCUCCUGUCAGUCUACUGUGACUGUAUGUUCCAUCCUAACCUAAAGAAUAUGGACUUUCAUCAUAGUAUUCAUCAUCAAUAGUAUUGUCAGGUGAGAAUUGAUACUUAAAUUGGACUGAAUUUUCUGUCAUUUUGUCUGCAUCUAGUGCAUACAAAACGUUAAGGAAAUCGAGCAUAAAUUUGCCUUCUCGGCGUACUCUGAGAGAUUACAUACACAAUCCGAGACUCCAAAUUGAACACUACUGCAGAUUUCCAGAAAGAGGUAGCACUUGUAGCUGAUGAAAUGCACAUUAAAUAAGGACUUGUCUAUGAUAAGUUUACAGGUGAAUUGAUUGGCUUUCGUGACAUGGGAGACAUCAAUGAACAUCUUCUUCAGCUUGAGAGGCAGAUUGACACUAAUGAGCAGAAUAGAAACAACCAAGUCUUAGCUUCAUCAGUACUCGUAUUAAUGAUAAAAAGACUAUUUACAAAAUUAGUCUUUCCCUAUGCAUCUUUCCCUACAACUUCACUCACU